UAAACUGCGGAAGUUGGGCUAAUUAUUAACAUUUAGUAGAAUUCCAUGUGGUACCGAACUUUAUUCAAUUAAGGGUGAGUGGAUCGAUACAAAUAUCGACAAGAUCAAUGCAAAGGGGAGUAUCAGUUCCCAGUGUUUACUUGAUAUCGAAUCGGUGCCAAAGUUGCCGGUAUCGCCCACCGCUAGCGUCUUAAUGACUGGAAUAGGAGGACAAACUGACGCACCACUGGGACAUUUGCGCCUCACGGAGCAUCCAGUGACGUCACGGGAGGAGGUGCUCACCCGUGUGUUUAAAUACAUCUCCAGUCCCACGCUCACGCACAGAAUCAUCCCAAGACCACCCCAAAAGAGUGUCCACUUGCACCGCCGCUAUGAUUAAGAAGAUGUCCCCGUCCGAAACCGACUUUGACAUCCCGGCGAAGAACUGCUACAGGAUGGUCAUCCUCGGAUCCACCAAAGUCGGGAAAACUGCCAUCGUGUCCCGGUUUCUCACGGGGAGAUUCGAGGAGCAGUACACGCCGACCAUUGAGGACUUUCACCGGAAACUGUACAGCAUCAAAGGGGACGUGUACCAGCUGGACAUCCUGGACACAUCUGGCAACCAUCCUUUCCCAGCCAUGAGAAGACUCUCCAUCUUGACAGGUGAUGUCUUCAUCCUUGUCUUCAGUUUGGACAACCGAGACUCCUUCCGCGAGGUGCAGCGCCUCAAGCGUCAAAUCUACGAAACAAAGUCCUGCCUGAAGAACAAAAUGAAGGAGAACAUCGACGUGCCUCUGGUGGUCUGCGGCAACAAGGGGGACCGGGAGUUCCACCGGGAGGUGCAACGGGAGGAGAUCGAGCAACUGGUGGCCGGCGAGGACAAAUGCGCCUACUUCGAGAUCUCCGCCAAGCGCAACGAGAACGUGGACAAGAUGUUCCGCACCUUGUUUUCCUUGGCGAAGCUGCCCCACGAAAUGAGCCCGGAUCUGCACAGAAAAGUGUCAGCUCAGUACUGCGACAUGUUGCACCGGAAGUCCCUGAAGAGUAAGAAAGUGAAGGACGCGGCGGCGGGGGAAGCGUACGGGAUGGUGACGCCGUGCGCGAGGAGACCCAGCGUGCACAGCGACCUGAUGUACAUCAAGGAGAAGGCGGUGGGAGGAGGUCAGGGUAAAGACAAGGAGAGAUGCGUCAUCAGUUAAGCGGACUUUUACCACCGAGGAGGACAUUUUAAAUGUUAAAAAAAAACCACAGAAGCAGCCAUGUGCUUCGGCUUUCCCGCGUUCACACGUGCAGGCAGGGGCGAAGCGGGUCCGUUACCAUGGAGAUAAGAUGUGCCUAACAAAAAAAAGGCAAGACUUGAGAAUGUACUUUUAAGUGUGUCUGUCAUCCUACUUUGUGCGCGUCGUGCGUAAAAAAAAACGUGGUUGUUGACGUCAUGGAUGGAAGAGGAGCAGCAGUGGACUAUAUUGUUGUUUACAUCCUGUGGAAUCUUUCAUAACUUGAAUGUCACUUUGCAAUCCCCAACUGUCUUUUUUUUUAUUGUAUAUUUAUUAUCACAGCUGUCACUUUUUUGUAAAGAAAAGCUGAAAAUAAAAUAAAAAGCACACAGAAAUAUCA